CCUUUACACAGUGAAACUUUUUAAAGAGUUUUCAAUCUCAUCUGCAGGGUAAAAUAUUGCACAGACAUAGCCAUAGCAGCCGUAACAUCUGCUGUCCAGCUCCCCCCUACCCUGAACAGGGAUAAAGUAGUGUUAUAUUCUGUUUUUAGAUCCAUGAUCACGUUUUUACAUUUAUUAUUUACUAUUUUAUUUUUCACUUUUUAAAGUUUAAAGAUAACUAACUACGUUUUUAGUUAUCGUUUUUAAAUUCGGGCUGCAAGGCGAAGUAUAGACGAAUAUGUUCAGGGAUAUAGAACUGUUUUACUUGCGUUAAAGUCAGGAGUUUUUAUUUUCCAGAUUCAGACUGCGCAGAAGAAACAUCCGACCAUCAAGGAAUUUGUGAUAAAGUUUUCAGAAAGUCUUCUGUCUUUACGCGUUUACUGACUGGAUAUGGCUUGGAUCAGAUGGGACCUCUUGUUUUCUAUAGGUUUAUUCAUGUCCCCAGCAUUUGUGUCCACGGAUCAGAGUGGCUUUAGGAGAUACUACGUGUUGCAGCCAGGUCCGAGCGGGACGGACAGGGUACAUGUGAGUUCCAUUUCUUCGCGCUCCAGUGCCACAGGACAGCCCCAUGCCUACAAUGUGGAGCUCACGGCCAGUUACGGUAACCAGGUCCGAACCCGUAGGAUGGGCAACCAAGCGAACCCGAUCCCGCUUCGCCAGGAUACACAGUUUACUCAGCACCAGCAAGUCAUUCGGCAGACCAGCCACAACGUUCACCAAAGUCACCAAAUGAAAAUUUCAGGGGUGAAUGUCUGUGGAGGGCAGUGCUGUCACGGAUGGAGUAAGGCCUCUGGAUCGCAGCGGUGCACCAAGCCCAAAUGCCUGCCCCAGUGCCAGAAUGGAGGAAUGUGUCUGAGGCCCCAGCUCUGUGUCUGCAAGCCGGGCUUCAAUGGCAAGGCAUGUGAACAGAAGACCAUGCCCACCUCCUCCAUCCCAGCGCAGCCAGGGAACGGCCACACCAAUGGACACACCAAUGGCCGUAGCAUAGUGCCCCAGAGGCCCAUUCCCCAGCAGGUGCCCAUUCCCCAGCAGGGUUAUGCCCCAGUCCCUGUCAGCAACAUGGCUCAGAUGACCCUGACCGUCAAGCAGUCCCCCCACCUUGUCCGACCCCAGCAAAGCCGACCUGGUAGCCAGCAGUUUGUUCUGAAGCCCAAGUACUACACCACACACUCCCAGACUCGCGUCCAACACCAGCCUGACAGACCCAUUCCCCUGUCGGUGGAACACAACCCCAUCCAUGUGGGGAACCACACAGGCCGGAUCAAGGUGGUCUUCACACCCACCAUCUGCAAGGUGACCUGCACGGGGGGCCGGUGCCAGAACAACUGUGAGCUGGGCAACACCACCACCAUCGUCAGUGAGAAUGGCCAUGCCGCAGACACCCUCACCGCCCCCAACUUCAGAGUAGUGGUAUGCCAUCUGCCCUGCAUGAAUGGAGGGAAGUGCAGUGCCAGGGACAAGUGUCAGUGCCCGGCUACCUACAUGGGGAAGUUCUGCCAGAUGCCUGUUCAGAAUGGGAAUGGGCAGCAGCGCCAGAAAGGGCAGCAGCAGACAUCCCAGAUUCACUCCACUCACACUCUGCCUCUCACCUUCAGCAAUGGACAGAACCCUGUGAAAUAUGCCCCCAGCAUCGUGAACAUCCAUGUGAAGCAUCCUCCGGAGGCCUCGGUGCAGAUCCAUCAGGUCUCCCAGCUGGAUGCCAAUGGGCAGAAGGUGAAAGGCAAUGGGCAGAAUGGCCACUCCCAGACCCAGUCCCACUACACCUACCACCACUCAGACAGCAGACAGAAGAUCCAGCAGCAGGGACACAACAUCAUCUACCCCAACCAGCAGAGCUACGUCCCCCAGUACCAGCCCGUCUCCUCCAAGAGCCAGCUGGGACGCUGCUUCCAGGAGACCACCGGCACACAGUGUGGCAAGGCCCUCCCUGGUCUCAGCAAGCAGGAAGAAUGCUGUCAGAGCAUCGGAACAUCCUGGGGGUUCCACAAAUGCCAGAAGUGCCCAAAACCAUCUAUUCCUCUGACAGCAGGAGGAUCAAGACACGCAAUGGACUGCCCCCAGGGAUACAAGCGCAUCAACAACUCCCACUGCCAAGAUCUUAAUGAGUGCCAGCUGCAGGGUGUGUGUCCCAACGGAGACUGUCUGAACACCAUGGGCAGCUACAGGUGCAGCUGUAAGGUCGGCUAUAUCCCUGACCCCACCCUCUCCACCUGUAUCCCCGACACCUCUGCCGUCCACGAGGAGAAAGGGGCUUGUUUCCGAUUGGUCAGUUCGGGGAAGCAGUGUUUGCACCCGGUGUCUGCUCAGCUGAGCAAACAGCUCUGCUGCUGCAGUGUGGGCAAGGCCUGGGGCCCGCGCUGCGACAAGUGCCCCCUACCAGGAACAGCUAAAUUCAAGGAGAUAUGCCCUGGUGGGAUGGGCUACACUGUCACAGGAUCUUACAAGCCCAAACCACCUAAUAAACUACCCAGCCAACCUGAGACCAUCAACAAGCCAAUGAUCACCCACCAAGAGCCUGUGGCCCCGCCUCUGCCCUUGCCGACACAUGAGAAACCAGUGGAGGCCUUGAGCGUCGCUGAGAGACAGCUUCCCUCUGUACCAGUAGCCACAGAUGCACCUGAGCAGGAGCUGGUUAUUCUGGAGGCUACUAGUAGUAGUCCAAUAGUUGAGGCCGAGGCUGGCCAGCCACAGCUCUCUCCCGGUGUCUCUACCAUGAGGAUGGAGCCGGCCUACAAAGAGGUUGUGGAGGAAACGUCCCCCCCUGCUCCAGCCCUGAUCCUCCCCACCAACGCUGGCCAGGACAUCGCCCCUACUCAGUCAGCAGAGGUGGAUGAGUGCAAGGUGAACCCUCACAUCUGUGGCCAGGGGAUCUGCUACAACACUGCCGAGGGUUAUACCUGCACCUGUAACGAGGGCUACCAGAUGGACGAGACACACACCACCUGUGUAGAUGUUAAUGAAUGCCUGGAUUCUGCAUCAUUGUGCUCUAACGGCCGCUGCAAGAACACUCCCGGCAGCUUCCUGUGUGUUUGCCAACCAGGCUUCAUGACAGAUGAGGAGGGAACCAGUUGCAUUGAUUUAAAUGAGUGUCUGAACACCCACACGUGUCCUGAGGAUGAGUUUUGUGUCAACACCGUGGGUUCCUACACCUGUUUUCACUGUGACAGUGGCUACAGGAUGAGCCCAACAGGCCAGUGUGAAGAUAUAAAUGAGUGUCUGGACUUAGGUGUGUGUCCGUCCGGCCUGUGCAUCAACUUCCCAGGCUCGUAUGAGUGUGAUCUGUGUCCAAAGGGCUUCCAGGGCCAGGGAGGACAGUGUGUCGACGUAGACGAAUGCCUGGACCCGUCAACUUGUGCCAACGGGAGGUGCUCCAACUUUGAGGGAUACUUUGUCUGCUUCUGUAACGAUGGAUUCACACUCAGCUUAGAUGGACAAUCAUGCGAAGACGUAGACGAAUGCCUGGACCCGUCAACUUGUGCCAACGGGAGGUGCUCCAACUUUGAGGGAUACUUUGUCUGCUUGUGUAACGAUGGAUUCACACUCAGCUUAGAUGGACAAUCAUGUGAAGACGUAGACGAAUGCCUGGACCCGUCAACUUGUGCCAACGGGAGGUGCUCCAACUUUGAGGGAUACUUUGUCUGCUUGUGUAACGAUGGAUUCACACUCAGCUUAGAUGGACAGUCAUGCGAAGAUGUGGAUGAGUGCCAGGAUGAGCAGGUGUGUACCAGGGGACACUGCCAAAACACUGAGGGCUCUUUCCUCUGUAACUGUGGGCCCGGCUUUAGGGCCUCCCCGGCAGGGGACCAGUGUGACGAUGUGGAUGAGUGCCAGAAGCUGACCAUGCCCUGUGACAGGGUGGGCCAGUGUGUCAACAACAUGGGCUCCUACCACUGCAGCUGCCCCCAGGGCUACCAGCAGAUCAACGGCACCAGCUGCCUAGAUGUUGACGAGUGUCUGGACGACCCGGAGCUGUGUUCCCCACACGGGGAGUGUCUCAACGCUGAGGGCUCCUUCUACUGCGUCUGUGAGAGAGGCUUCGCUGCCGGCCAGGACAAACACACCUGUGAAGACGUCGAUGAGUGCUCGCAUGGCACCAGGUGUGUUGACGGCUCCUGUGAGAACAGCCAGGGUUCCUACAGAUGCCUGUGUGACAGUGGCUACCGCCUGCAGGCAGACACUGACACAUGCCUGGAUAUCGACGAGUGUUCAGAGUUGGGGCGGAGCAUCUGUGGGGCGUGGCAGUGUGAGAACAUGGAGGGCUCCUAUAGGUGUGUGGUGGACUGCCCCCCUGGACACAACCCUGGCCCAGAGGGCAUCUGUAUGGACAUUGAUGAGUGCAAAGUCAAUGCCACAGGGUGUGGCAGCCACGGCUUCUGUGAGAACAUGGUCGGAUCCUUCCGCUGCCUGUGUGACCGGGGCUACCAGGAGUCCCAGGAGGGCCUCGGCUGUGUGGAUGUCAACGAGUGUGAUCUGCUGAGCGGUGUGUGUGGCGAGGCCUUGUGUGAGAACGUGGAGGGCUCCUUCCUGUGUAUGUGCCCCGACGAGGACCAGGAGUACAACCAGAUGACCGCCAAGUGCAGUCCCGCUCCCACAGCCUCGUCAGUGGAGAGGAAGGAGUGUUACUACAACCUCAAUGAUGAGAACCUGUGUGAGAACGUGCUGACCAGCAGUGUCACCAUGGAGGAGUGCUGCUGUACGCUGGGGGCAGGCUGGGGGGACAACUGUGAGGUGCACCCCUGCCCCGUCCAGGGCACUGAUCAGUUUUCCCAGAUGUGUCCAGCUGGGAGAGGCAGUGUCCCAACCGGUGACAUUGUGUUUGGAGUGACUGCAGCCGAGAGUUAUAAAGAUGCAAAUGAGUGUGCGUUGUUUGGCCAGGAGAUCUGUAAGGAUGGCUUCUGCUUCAACAGCCCAGGAAGCUAUGAGUGUUACUGUAAGACUGGCCUGUACUACGACGAGGUCAAGUUGCAGUGCAGAGAUAUUGAUGAGUGUCAGGAGGUGUCUAGCUGUGUGGAGGGAGUGUGUUUGAACACACAUGGCUCCUACAUGUGUUUCUGUACACACCCGAUGGUGUUGGACUCUGACAACAAGAGCUGUGUGAUCGCCCCUGAAGUGGCAGAGCAACAUGGUGAGCAGACUGGCUACCAGGGUGUUUGCUGGCAGACGGUAACAGACAAUCUGACAGACACUCUGACAGACACUCUGACCUGCACCAAGCCCCUUGCCAACAGAAAGACCACAUACACAGAGUGUUGCUGUCUGUUUGGAGAGGCCUGGGGCAUGGACUGUACCCUCUGCCCCCUCAAGAACACAGAGGACUAUGCCUCCAUGUGUAACGUGGCAAUGAGUGGAGGACAUGGGCAUCCGUAUGGUCGCGAUGCCCUCGUGGCCGGCCCUGUCCAGGAGUACGAGGUCAGCCUGGACUACGAGCCUCACCCCGACCAGCCUGGUGCCCUGCCCCUGUACGAGGACGAGGAGAACCUGUCCGAUGCGUUUGAGGGCCUGAGAGCGGAAGAGUGUGGCAUUCUGAACGGCUGUGAGAACGGGCGCUGCGUGCGGGUACAGGAGGGCUACACCUGCGACUGCUUCGACGGAUACACCCUGGACAUGUCCCGCAUGGCGUGUGUGGAUGUGAAUGAGUGUUCUGAGCUCAACAACCGGAUGUCCCUCUGCAAGAACUCCAAAUGUAUCAACACGCAAGGAUCCUACAAGUGUGUGUGCCUGCCGGGAUACACCCCCUCUGAGCGGCCUAACUACUGUGUGGCCAGGGAACAGGGGGAGGCAGCAGUGGCCACAGAGAGGGAGUGAGCCCCCACAGCCACUAGAGGGAAACACAAAACACUAAAAAAAAAUACCCUUAUUUAAUCCAAGCCCAUAUACUCUGCACUGUAUAAAAACACACUAAAUAAAACAACAAAAAUAAUUUACUUGAGAUAAAGUUCCAAUUUAACCUACUAUGUGGUGCCUGGGUGCGGGGGAGAAACACAGCAUUGUAUAAAAUGUAUGUUUGUUUUGUCUGGUUUUUGUCCGUUUUUAUUUUUUAUAUUAUAAGGAGUUUAUGCGCGCUAGAGAAGCAUUCGCUCUCCUAAUGUAACGACAAACCCUAUGAACUCCUACUGGGGGAUAACGUUUUAUUUUCCACCCAGUCCAAAAUGCCUUGUGUGUGGAUAUUUAAUUGAGUGAAGAGGCCAGCCAUCCUUUCGUUUUCCCCGUUCUCCCUCUUCUUUCCAGCCCUUCUCUUCCUCCUCCUUGUACGGUGACUGCGGAGGACUGCUUGCUUGGCCAUGGAUGGACAGCCAUCUGAUCUUUGCUCUGUGGCUUCACACAAACAUGCAGUAUGCACAUUACUGUAAUAGAAUGUUGUUCAUGUAAAUUCUUUGGAAUAAGCUUUUUUUCUAGGCAUUUUUUGUAUUAAUUAUAAAUGCAAACACAAAACUACUUCUGUGUCUGGGACAUUGGACAAUAGCAGGUUUUUAUUUUUUUGUUUUAUUUUUGGAUUUGUUUGGUUUUAUUCUCUUGCCUGCCCUGUGGAGCAGUCAUAUUCCCUACUCAUUCAUUUAUUUUCUUGAGAUAUUGUUUUAUUUCUUUGAACAAAAAUUAAAUGAAGUUUUGCUUAAUUUUUUUUCAUACUUUAAAGAAAUAUUUUUCAGCAUUUUACUGCAAUGUGUAAAAGUCUUGCCAGGUUGCAAAGCUGCUAUGGGACAGCCGUGGGAGAAAUUUUGUACAUUUUAAACAGAAGAGUUGAGAAACCAGUUUAUGUAUUUGUAAUUUGUACAUGAAAAAUAGCUCUUGUAUGAAUAUUCAUAUUACUAUGUAUAUUAAACCCCUGGUAAUAAAUCACAAAUGGUGAUAUUUAUA